CUUAAAAGCGUUCCAUGAUUUCAGUCAAAGGACUGUGUUUGGUUAAUUUUAUGAAGUCAACUGAUUAGAUUGAAACAUGGCAUGUAUUGUCUUUCCACACAUUUGUCAUGCACAGCACAGUCGAAUCACGAAACUGUGGCUUUGUAGAUCUAUUGUGGCAGGAUGUGUUUGCUUUAUCUACUGGAAUGUACUGGGUUUAAUGUCAUCAGAAGACUGGGGCACAACAUUUUACAGGGCUGCAUUAGAUGCUGAAGUAAGCUGGAUUGUAAACGAUACAGCUGGAGAGGAGGCAGUGCCAGCCUGCUCUUUGAGACAUGCCAUAAAGAAAGAAGACAGUCUGAAGAGAAAGUUUAGCUUCUUGGUGCCUAUUCUGCAGUGGAAUGAUUCUUUUAUUAAUCCACAUUGGCAAAAGCUCCAGAAUGAGCCGCUGCCGUAUGGCUGGAAGGACCAGCCUCUCGAUGAAAUAGGCAAGACACUUUAUCUGCUUUCACAUCCCGCCAACAGUCAUCUGUUUAAGAGAAAAACAUCAGAUACCUGUGUGCGUUGCGCUGUGGUGGGUAACGGAGGUAUUCUGAAUGGAUCCAGGCAGGGGAAAACCAUAGACAGUCACGAUUAUGUUUUCAGGGUAAAUGGGGCAAUAAUCCAAGGGUUUGAGGAUGAUGUUGGGACAAAGACGUCUUUCUACGGCUUCACCACCAACUCUCUGAAGAAUUCAUUAAUUGGUUAUUACGAAGACGGCUUCGACAAAGUGCCACGUGACCCGGGCAUUGGAUAUAUUAUUAUUCCUGCCGAAACUCGAGACUAUGUGAUGCUGGCAGCUGCCAUCAAGGGUGUGUCUGUACCCUCGGGACCUGAUAAAGGUGACAGGGCCUCAGAACUUUUUGGAUAUAAUCCUGAAACACAUCAGUUCAAGAUGAUCCAUCCAUCCUUCAUUCAAUAUGUGACUCAAAGGUUCCUAAAAUCUCCACUGCUCGAGCAAUAUAGAGAUGUGUACAUGCCCAGCACGGGUGCACUGAUGCUUUUGGUAGCUUUACACACUUGUGACCAGGUCUCUGCAUAUGGCUUUAUCACAGAAAAUUACCAAGACUUCUCAGACCAUUACUAUGACAAGGUGAUGAAGCCUCUGGUCUUAUAUGCCAACCAUGACAUGGAGAUGGAGGGACGUUUGUGGAAGAAGCUGCACUCUCAAAAUGCCUUGUGGCUAUAUCAGAGACAAAAAAGGGCAUGAUGUCACUUCAGUGAAUCUUGGGACAUCUGAAAAGAAAACAAAAAACAAAACAAAACAAGUAGAAAGAUUGCAUAACAAAAUUACCAAAGCAGUAUUUUGUUCUGGUGCGCCCUGAUUCUCCUGCAGCCUUUAUAGGCAACGUCAUUGAGAAUGUUCAACUAAAUAUUGAGAAAGGUAAAAUAUCAAUGCUGAUUUUACUGAUAUUUAGUGCUGUACUCUCAAUCACAAUACCCUCUGGAAAACUGGGUUUGGCUCUUUUGGCCAUAUCUAGAAGACAAGAAUUUCUGUGUGAACAUAGGUGACUUUAAAUGAACCGCAAUGACAUGGCGUCCCCCAGGGUUCAAUCCUAGGUCCUGUCCUAUUCAAUCUCUAUAUACGUACGCUAAGCUAAAUAAUGUGGAACAACAAAAUACCAUGCUAUAGCCAUGCAGUUCAACCUUGCUCUAUCUGCAAGGGCAUUCAGUCAUUAACAGCAGAUAAGAUAUUCAUACUUUUGGCAUUUAUUUUGAAGUGCUAUCAUUAAAACCUAAACACACUGAAAUGUUAAUAGGAUAAAAUGCUUACAAAAUCACAAGAGUUGAGACAGCUAGAUAUUGUCACGUUUAUGUUCUGUUUUGGUACUGUUUCUUCGCUUGAGUUCCUUUGUUAAUCUGUUUCCUUGUUUAUUAAUUAGCUUUACACCUGUUCUGUUUCCCCUGAUUGCCGUCACCUGUUAUUUAAACCCUGUGUUUUGCCCUAUAGCUCCUUAGUUCCAGUAUUAAUGUUGAUUUGCGUUUAUCUCCUGUGUUUCUCCUGCCUGUUCCUUCACGUGGAUUCAUGAUUAAAUACUCUCUUGUUUAUUUUUACUCCUGCGUUCUACAGCCACAUGACAGAUAUAUCCAGAGGUUUAUAUAUCUAUCUGACUUGUGUCCUAUACCUGUCAUUAGUGAUUGCACUUCAUUUAUUUUCCAUGACCAGCACCAUCACAUACAAAAAUAAUGUGUAUUGUUAUGCCAAAUAUUUAAUAUACAAAUUUAUUACUGGUAUAGUUUAGCGUUCUUGUAGCUCAAACAGAACUUGGUGCUGGCAACAGCAAGAUCAAGGGUGCACUUAUCAUGGAUUGCAUGAACUGAUAAUGUGUAUAUUACUUUGGAUAAAAGCACCUGCCAAUUUAAAAGCAAAUGAUUAAGAAUGAAUUCAGAAUACAGGGUGAUUUCACACUCAACUAUGGAAGUAAACUGGCGUUUUUGUCAAAACUUCAUCCCUUGGAGUCAAUCAAAGGAUGAAGCAAAGUAAUUUGGAGGUGAGCUGGUUAAAUAGUCAAGGGAAUCAGUUCCAGGUAUGGAGUUUAUGAGGAAGAGGGUCUGGCUGCAGACAAAGGGCGAGUGGAGCUCCACUUAAGAGCGGAAAUACAUCCCCUCCACUAGCGACGCGUCCGCCAUGUUGGUCCGGGCAAGAAUGCAAGAAUUUUUUUAUUUUUUUUAUAAUUAUUAAUUUGGUAUAAAAUAAUCUAAUGUACAUUAAAUGAAAUUACGUUUUUUCUUUGUGGAAAUUGCUUUCUGUCUUCAACCCCAAAAUUUCAGCUUGUCUUGUGCUUCAGGUCAGAACACAUUACAGAUACAUCUUUAAGUACUAAUAAUUGACCAUCAUUGAUAAAAUGGAAUAAAAUCAGUAAAUACAAAUCAAAAA